CGUCCAUCCUUCGUUCUCGCUUUCCUUGCCCGCCUCCCUCCCUCCCCACCGUCUCCUGGCAGCCCCUUCUCCUUCCUGCUCCAUUUCCUGCAUCUCUCUCUCCGACUCUCUCCCUGCGUCCCUGUCUCUUCCUUCCUUCCUUCCUUCCAGCCAUCGCUCCGUCUGUCCACCAUCCCUCCGUCGCCCGCCCGCUCGCCCGCUUGCUGGCUGGCUGGCUCGCUCCCUCCCUCCCUCCUCUCUUCUCCCCAGCACGGGAUUGUGGGAGGAAGCGGAGCGGAGCGCAGACAGACGCCCAGCGAACAUGGCUGCACCAUGAGCCGCCUCCCAGAGGCUUGCCACCGCCGCCACCUCCUCCUCCUCCAACCGCCCCAGCGCCAGCGCCAGCCCGCUGCUUGAGCUGAGGCCGAGCGGGGGAGCGCAGCGGCCGAGGGGGGGAGGAGGAGGAGGGACCCCCCCUCCCUCCACGAUCUCCUCCCCGAUUGCCCCCCCUCGACCGACGCCGCCGCGGGGGGAGGCGCAGGGGGCACCCAGACUGAGCGGAGAGACGGACCGACGGACCGAGGCCGGCCCCAGGCGCCUGCUCCACGGCGCCCGCUCCCCAUGGAUAGGAACUACCCCAGCGCCGGCUUUGGGGAUCCGCUGGGCGCCGGCCCGGGAUGGAGCUACGAACGCUCGGCCAAGGCCAGCUUGGUAUACGGCGGAUCCCGGAGCUCUCACCCAGACACGGAUAUAUUACACCGCCAAGCGUAUGCCACCCCCCAUCCUCUGCAGGGCUACGCCACAAACCACCACCCGGCAGGUCUCUCUGGCCUAUUCGAGACCGGGCUCCAUCAUGCCAGCAGUGCCACCCCAGACGCCUCUGUCAUGAACCUCAUCUCGGCGCUGGAGUCUCGGGCACCGCAGCCAGGCCCUUCUGCCUCCUCCCUGCUCUCCCAGUUCCGCACCCCAUCCUGGCAAACAGCCAUGCACACUCCAGCGCCUGCCGAGCUCUUCAUCUCGGGGGCCCUCCCAGGCUCUGGCACCUUUCCUUCCUCCUCGGCGCUCUCUGCUUACCAGCACCCAGCCUCUUUCAGUGGGCGCAGCUUCCCAGUCACUUCCUCACUCACCCUGCAGGACGCUACCUUCAGCCCAACCUCCAAUGGCCUCUUGUCUCCCCACGACCCCCUGCUUCACAUCAAGUCCUCCCAGCCCAGCGUUCCUUCAUCUCUCAGCUUUGACCGGCUGGGCAGUGCAGUGCUGGGCACAGGCUUGCCCUCCCAGAGCUCAGCAUACCGCAGCGCUCAAGAGUCCGCUUCCCGCCAUCUCCCCUCUCAGUUCAACCUCCUGUCGUCCUCACUGGGUCCUUCUGACCAGACGCCCCAGCUCUACAACACCUCCGUCUUCUCCAGUUCGCCGGCCUCCUCCAUCGACCGGGCCAUCCCCCGGCAGGACAGCGUGAUCAAGCAUUACCAGAGGCCUUCCAGUGCCCAACCCCAGUUGCCCGCUGCCCAUUCCCUUCAGCACUACUUGAGCUGUGGGGGCAGCUACCAGCAGAUGCCCCACCGCUCCAGUCUUUCGUGCAGCCCCUUGGGCGAACAGUCCCCUGCCAGCAGCGAAGGUUCCCAGCAGCAGAAGACCUCCCAAGCCACGCGGCAAGAGCCCUCCCAAAGUUACCGCCCCAUUAUUCAGUCCCCUGGCUAUUCCAGCACAGCCUCCUCUUCGAAAUCCAAGAGCUACUCGGCCUCCCGCCAGCCGCCCCGUUCCACAGCCACGCCCAAGUGCCAAAGCAACUACAGUUCGUCCACGCCGAAGCCCAGCUCUGUCAUUGCGAGCCAGUCCCAGGCCUAUUCACCUGGGCAGCCCCAGAGCCUGCUUUCCAUGAGUCAAACGCAGAGCUACUCCGUCAGCCAGCCACAGAAUCUGUCUUCGGUCAGCCAGGCCUCGCAAGGCUUCAGCAGCAGCCAGGCCCAAGACCUGACGAGCGUGAGCAAGGCACAGAGUUACUCAACAACAGGGCAGGCCCAACAGGGCCAGGCCGGGCAGGGUGGGCAAGGACUGCAGACUUGUCAGAAUCAGACUUACUCACCUGAGCAGCUCCAAGGCUUAUCGUCUGUUGGGUACAGUGUCCAGGCCGAGCCUCACGUCUCUGUCAGCCAGACACCAAGUUACGUACCAGCUCACUCGCAGGGGAUGCCCACAGCCAGCCCGUCCCUGAGUUACAGCACUGGCCACUCGCCAGCUAUGCCGGGCCACAGCCAGUCCAUUGGCUAUUCGCACAGCCAGAACCUUCCUGACUCGAGUCCUUCCCAGAUCAUUCGGCCUCUCCAGUCACCCACCAGUAACCGGCCCCAGAGUGUGGCGUCACCCGGACAGUCUCAGAAGUACCUCACGUCUGUGCUGUCUCCUUCGUUCAUGCAGACAGCUCACACCCAGAGCUACCAGAGUUCCCAAGGCGGGUUGGAGAGGGCUGCAUCUUAUGGUAAAGCCAAGGCUGACUCGGACCUCCUGUCAUCUGAGCGCACGGAAGACGAGGAGUUCUUGAUCCAGCAUCUUCUGCAGUCACAGAGCCCACCACGGGUGCCCACUGAGGGCAUGGUGGAGUGCGAGGAGAGGGCUGGGAAAGGGCUGGGGUAUGAGCUGAGCAAGACGGAGGAGCGUUACCACUUGCAGAGCGUCAUCCGGACCAACUCCAACCUGGAUAACCAAGGCCUUGAGAUAUCCCUGCAGAGCCUAAAGGAAAAGAAGAAAGGGGAGAGGCCCAAGGAGUACCAGCACACACGCUCGACCCCAGAGUCCUUGGCCACCUCUGUGGUCCAUUACAGCCACCAAGCUGGCUCCAUGGACUCUUACGGGCAAGAUAUCAAGAAGUCGGUGGAGCAGCACCUCCAAGGUGGGCACAUGGACGCAGGUGGCAAGGAGAUCUCCCAAGCCCACUCGUACUUGCAAAAGACCCCUGAGCAUGCCUCCCAGCCUCACCCCAUGGAGCCCCACGGGCUGAUGCCUGGGCAGCAGGGUGCUUCACUGAUGUUGGACUCCCCUCCUGACCUGCCCCCUCUCUCCCUUUCGCAGCAGCAGCAGCAGCAACAGCAGCAGUCCCAGCUGCUCCAGUCGGUGCUUACUCACACCCAGAGCCAGCUGCACUCCCGUGGCAAGGUCCGUACCCCACUGGACGUCCACCUUAUGGAGCCUCAGCGCAUGCACCAAGCCGAGGCGCCCUCGCCGCAGCUCCAGAUGCAGGCCUUGGAAGCCCACCUGCACCAAGCUCACGUGCGCUCCCAGAGCAUGGAGGCACAGCUCCUUGAGCCGCAGCAAUCCCCACAGCUCCAAGGCCAGCUGCAGCAGGAAAGGAUGCAGUCCGAGGGCAUGGAGGUGAUGCCCCAAGGCAACCUUUCCCAGUCGCAAGAGAUCCAGGACUUCUUGGAGCCAGAGCUGAGCUUGGAGUCCCACCUGGGGCAAAGCGGGUCGGUCCAGAGCCAACAACAUCUCCUUCCUGAUGGCAGCUUGGACCCAGACUCCUCUCAGCAAGUCCCUCAAGGCCAGCUUGAGGGCAAGGACCAGUUCGAAAGUCCCAGCCCGCAAGGGGCCAAGCAGCGUUUUGUUCCCCUCACCUCCAUCUGCUUCCCGGACUCUUUGUUGCAAGAUGAAGACCGUAGCUUCUUUCCAGGCAUGGAGGAUAUGUUUGGGCCUCCUCCCUGUGCUGGAGAUGAGUUCCCCAAGCCGGAUGAUGGCACACAAGGCAUGGAGAGGGGAGAGGGGAUGAAAGGGGGAGGCUACGACAUGAUGCAAGGAGGACAAGGGUACCAGAGCUACUGCCCAUCGGAAAGUGGGGAUGGACAGCACUUGGGGUUAGAUUCUGUGUCAGUGAAGCACGAGUUGCCUUCAACAGUCAACACAGAACAGCUGGGACUGAUUCAGUCUGGCCAGCAUGGGACAGCCCCCGUCUCUGAAUCCAAGUCGGGUCUGACAUCACCGAUUUUCUGCUCAUCGAAGCCCAAGAAGCUGCUGAAGACCUCAUCCUUCCACCUACUUAAGAAGCGGGAGCCACCUUUCCAGCCGCCCAAAAAGAACUAUGCCCAGGAGUAUGAAUUUGAAGACGACGAAGACAAGGAGGAUGUCCCGGCUGACAUCCGCCUCAAUAGCCGCCGCCUCCCUGACUUGCUGCCAGACCUCAUUUCCAGCUGCCGGACCAACCGGACCAGCCUCAGCCCCAUGGGUGACAUAGACUUCUGCCCGCCCAACAGUGGCCUCAUGGAGGGGCCCAAGCGCCGGGGUCGCAAGCCUACAAAGCCCAAACGAGAGGGCCCACCCCGCCCCCGGGGGAGGCCCCGCAUCCGGCCCCUGACUGAACCGCCCCAUGGUGUUGCUCAUGAUGGCACCAAGAAGCCCCGUGGCCGGGGGAGAGGGAGGGGCAAGAAAGCCGGGGAGGAGGGGGUGGAACCAGGAGCAGGCUUGGAGUCCCUCAAACCACUCAAGAUCAAACUGCCAGUCCCAAAAGGUUUGGAGGGGUCUCAAUUGGAGGCUUCCACCCCGUCUCAUCAGCCCACUCAAGAGAGCAGUCUGGACAGCAGCCAGACCCGAGAGAAGAUCAAACAGAAGAUCAAGGAGGUGGAAGAGAAGCAGCCUGAGAUGAAGUCAGGGUUCAUGGCCUCCUUCCUGGACUUUCUGAAGUCAGGCAAGCGUCAGACGCUGCCUUCUUCCUCUUCCUCCACCUCCUCGGCAGCCACAGUCGGGGCCCCUGGUGCAACAAUUACUGUGGCUGCUUCUUCGGGCAGCCCCUCUAAGACACCCCGUCCUCCAUCAGCGACAUCCUCUUCCUCAUCUUCCCAGCCACCGCCUCCCUUCAGCAUGGCACCCCCAAUGCUGCCUGGUGGUUUGGAUGGGCCAGAGGGGGAUCCGGCUGGGCUCGUAAUGAGUUGCACCAGCCCUUGCAAGCGGCUAGAUGAGGAGCUGAAGCGUAAUCUGGAGACGCUGCCCUCCUUCUCAUCUGACGAGGAAGACUCGGUCAGCAAGAACCAGGACCUCCAGAAGAGCAUCUCCUCGGCCAUUUCGGCGCUCUAUGACCCUACUGACCGUAAAGAGGGAGAACCCAAUGAUGUGCCACCAGUGGAGGAGAAGGCUCCAAGCCCAGCUCCCUCAGUGGAGGCAGAUGUCCAGCAAGAGCUACCCCCACCACCCAUCUCCCCAGCUCCCUCCCCCAAGGAGGCUCCUCCUGUCCCUGAAGAGCCACCUGUUCAGGCAUCUCCUGAGCCUGAGGAUCCUGAGGACACAAGGCCCCUUCACCUCGCCAAGAAGCAGGAGACAGCAGCCAUUUGCGGAGAGACGGAUGAAGAGGAGGUGGAGAGUGGCGGGGAGGGGAUCUUCCGAGAGCGCGAUGAGUUUGUCAUUCGUGUUGAGGAUGUUCAGGCCCUCAAGCUUGCCCUUCAGACUGGGCGGGAGCCACCCCCAAUCUGGCGGGUACAGAAAGCUUUGCUCCAGAAGUUCACCCCUGAAAUCAAGGAUGGGCAGCGGCAGUUUUGUGCUACGAGCAAUUAUCUGGGCUAUUUUGGCGAUGCCAAGAACCGGUACCAGCGGCUCUACGUUAAAUUCUUGGAGAACAUCAACAAGAAAGAUUAUGUCCGCGUCUGUUCCAAGAAGCCUUGGCACCGCCCCCUGCAAGCUGUCAGGAGACAGAGCCAGCCCAAGGCCUCUGGUCCCAAGGUCCCAGUGAUGCCCAAAGUUGAAAAACCUGAGAAGCUGGAAGUCACAGAGAAGCCUGAGAAGCCAGACAAGCCCCCCAAGGCCGAGAAACCCCCCAAGGCUGAAAAAGCAGACAAAAUGGAAAAGCCCCCCAAGGCUGAGAAAGGACCGAAGCUGGAAAAGCCCCCCAAGGUCGAGAAGGCGGAAAAGCCCCCCAAGGCGGAAAAGUUGGCCAAGGCAGAAAAGCCCCCCAAGGUGGAGAAAGCUGACCCCCCUGUCCCAGUGCCCACAAAAGCUGCCCCAGCCAGUGGAGCAUCUAAACCCAAACCGAAGCCAGCCAAGGUGAAAGCUGAGCCUCCUCCCAAGAAGAGGAAAAAAUGGCUUAAGGAGGCAGCAUCCUCCUCUGACUCAGAUUCCAGCCCUGACCAGCAGAGUGAGGAAGAGCGCGUGCCAACAGGCCGCAUUCUGAAUACACGAGCCAUGAAGGAGAUGUACCGCAGCUACGUGGAAAUGCUGGUCAGCACUGCGCUUGACCCGGACAUGAUCCAAGCUCUUGAGGAUACAAACGAUGAACUGUAUCUCCCACCCAUGAGAAAGAUUGAUGGAAUAUUGAACGAUCACAAGAAAAAGGUGCUGAAGAGAGUGUCUCUUAAUCCAUCACUACAGGAGGUGCUCCACACAUUUCCCCAACUCCAUUCUGAGACGUGUGACACCACAGUCAAGUUGCGCCCAGGUGGUGAACCUUAUAACCGCAAGACACUCAACAAACUCAAGAAGAAUGUAUCCAAACCGCAGGAAUUCAAUGUGGAGGUGGAGAAGUCUUUUUUCUAUACUCUGUACCAUUCCCUUCACCACUACAAGUACCACACCUUUCUGCGGUGUAAGGAUGAGACGACGGCGAUCGAGGGUCAGGACGAGGACCUGGGCCAGGAGGAGGUGGUGCAGCAGUGCAUGCGCAACCAGCCAUGGCUGGAGAAACUGUUUGACUCCUUCAGCGAGUUGCUGACUCAGGCGCAAAGCAAAUGUGCGUGACGCAGCCGCCAGAGCCACGCCCCGGGAGGGGCCACCUAACGCCCGUCCCUCUGCAGAGCCAGAGCAGGAAGUGGGGGAGAGGAAGGUCGAGGGGUACCAUCACAGACCAGUUCAGACUCAGCUCACCACCACCACUGUCAUCAGCGUUCCCUUUCCCUUUUCAGGUUUUUUUCCCAAUCAGGACCUGGCAUGGGCCUCUAAUUUUGGUGGUGGGGUGUGGGGGAGGUUUGUGAUGGCAGAGAGUACACGUUAAGGAGGGUUCUCAUCAGAAAAAAGUGGAUGGCUGGACAACCCCUUUCCCUUUUGCCCUGGCUGUACAGAGAAAUAUUAUUUAUAUAUAAAUGUAUAAAUGUCUAAUUGAGCAGCCUAGCCCCCUGCUCUGGUGGGGAUUGAGAGUAGGAGGACCCAUAGGGGGGUCAGGGGAGUGGGGCUGUGUGAUCUAGAGCUGGGAGGCUGGGAUCCAGGGGGAGGGAGGGAGGGGGGUGUUGGUGGGCAGUGAGAAUAAACAUAAAUAGAAGGAUCCGGGUUCCUGGGUCCCAUCCUGCAUCUCUUCCAUCAAGAACUUUUACUUCUCCCUAGGGAGAGCGGAGUGUGGGGGAUGGUGCCAUUGGCCACCCUUUCUACAGUGUCCAGCUCCUAUUAUCCACAGUGAUCAGGCAAUAUGACCCCACUUCCCCUCCCUGCCCACAAACAACUCUAAUCCCAUCUCUGCCAAAUAGCUGUUGUUUGGAGAGAGGGGAAGGCACCCACUCGUACGCUAACAGCGAUUGCCUGUCGCGUCUGUUCUUGCUUCCAACAGGAAUAUUUAUUGCCAGGUUCCCUCUUCCCAACUAAAAUGUUGCAGAGAGCCACUCCCGCCUGCCCAUUCGAGCUCUCUCUCUGGAGCAUCCUUCUUUUUCACUAUGUCUUUUUUGUGGUGCAAUUGGUGCUGGUGGACAUGCUGCGAGCUGCUUUUUUUGUUUUUGCCACCGAGUUUGGGAUCCUAGCUCUUUUGGACAUGUGGAGCAUCUCCUCACCAUUCCCCAGUAUCCCUUCUGAAUAGAUAACAGUAAAUGGGGGAGGGGGAGCAUAGUGACACCCAUAGCAACCUGCCUGUACCAAGACCUCCUAAAUCUCCUCUUUCCCCCCUUUUUUUAAAAAAAGACUGUUUAGACUUUCUCACCUUGGCCCCACAUGGAUCAUGGGAGAGGUGCAGUAGAGGAUCAUAGAUAUGUCCCUCUGUGCUUUUAUUAGGUCUGGUUUCCUUUGAGGGAAGGAUAAUCCCCCCCUUCUGUUGUAGUGUUGUCAAGGCAGGAUUCUGCUCCCUCCCCCUCCCCUCUGCUGUAUAUACUGUAUAGGAUAAAAAGUCUAUGUAUCAUAUUGUAUUUGACUAACUUGAACUUAACAAUGCGCAGGAGUUUCUUUCUCUCUCUCUCCUUUCACCUGUAGCUGUGACGUUCUUUGGUUUGGACUGAAACUUUCAUUAGGAGGUCAUUACUUUUUUCUUUAAUCAUCGUCAUUAUUGUUGUUGUUGUUAUUGAAGGGGAAGGGAGGUUCUGUGUCCCCACCCCUAGCCUCCUAAGCAAAGAUCCCUCUCUGCCCCUGAGCUGAAAGGCUAAAAUAAACUGUUUAGAUAGAAGAUUAGGUCCUAGCCCUGGCUACACACUCUUUUCACUCAUGACCCCUCCCCUGUGCCAUUCAGCCAGUCUCUCCUUGUAUCUAUAUCAGUCAUACAAACACCUGCAGAACCCCAAGCAGCUAGCCAGUUCUCACCUCAGCUUUUGUUUUCCUUUCCUUUCCUCCCCCGAAUCUUCCUGGUGACCUCCCAAGUCAAUCCCAUACUUGCACAUAGAUCCCCCCUCCCCCGUUAGAUCAGAUUCCUGCCCCCCAACCAACGUCUACCUCAUUCCUGCUCCUGAGACCUUUUUCCUUCAUCCUACACGGCCCCCUUUGAUUUUUCUGCACCAGCCCAGUUUCAUCUCCCCACUCCCUGACAUACACACACUUUGAUUUUCCCCAAUCUUUUAUAUAUACACCUUCCCAAGAUUUCUUACUCUUUUUCACCUCUUCAAAUCAAUGAAAUGUGUGGAAAUUCCCGAGCAGCGCAUUUUUCUGUAGGGAGUGGGGGAGAUGUGGAAAGGUACUUGGGGUGGGGGAGGAAACAAAUCCCACCUCAGAAGGGAGGGGGUGGUCUCACUGCCCUAGCAAAGCUGCUUCAGAUGAGUUCAUGAAUUGUUUGGGGCCCCAUCUGGGUGCAUUUGAUCAGGGCCCUCUUAUAUAUAUUCACAACUUUCCACAUCCCCCUAGAUCCUGUUUUCCCCCCUUUAAUUAUUUAUUGUGGAUGAAUAGAGGUUGGCAAGUGUGAUUGUGAGUGUGCAUGUGGGGGUGGAAUUUGGUGUACACGAGCCCCACUCAAAAUGGAGUAUUUUUAACGGGAAGAAGGUUGACUGGCUUCCUUUUGGAUAUUUUAAAGCUCGCAAUUUAGUUUUUAACAGCUUUUCCCUUGCAAACCUGGUUACUGAUACCUGUUGGGCCUUAGAGGUGAAGGACUGUAGCUUGAACCUGUGUGUGGAGGUGGGGUUAGUAAGUUGAACGUGGGGGUUUGGGGAAAAGAAGGGAUGUGGGGGGGGAAGUAUUUCAUAGUAUAUAGGAUUCUUUUUUUUUUUUGAGGGAUAUAAAGCCGUGACACCUCCUGGGACAGCAGAUUUGCACCAUCAAUUCCACGUGAAACCUUGCUAAAGCAUUGCCCCCCUGGAUGUGGAAGGGCAGAGUGGCCAAACCUUGAGCACCAGAAUUGGAAGGGCCCAGCUCAGAGACGAUUAAGAACCCGUGUGUGUGCGUGCCCGUACGCGCGCGCGCACACAUGCACCAAGCUUCCUGUGACAAGAAAGACUUCUCCCCCCCCCCAUUUGGAUCUCGGAAGGCCCCCUUUUUUACGACGUGUAUUUCUGUGUAUCUUGUUCGCGCCUCAAGGGUAUUGUUCUGAGAUAUGGGAUUUGUGUUCUGUAUUAUUGGAUGUUCCUAUAUAUUUUUAUUGUUUAUUAUUAGUGUCUGAGACGUUUUUUUCCUCUCAAUAUGUAAAACUCACAUUGUAUACUGUGUACACAACAAAAUGACAAAAAACACUUUUCUUUGCAAAAA